AUGGGGGCUGUUGGUUGCGUUUGUUUAUAUGUACCGAGGCAACUGUCUUUUUUAUUAUUAAAGUGUUUUAUUCUUUAUUGCAAUGGAUACGCGUAUAGAUAUAUACGAUGGAUGCAUCAUGGCGGGUGUAGGGGGGCCUGUGGGAGAGUACGAGUGAUAAGUUUAGGGAUUUUUAUGUUUUCUGGAGGUGGGCGUCUGUCUUUUUUUUUUUUAAAUUUAAUGCGAUAUUAUUUUCUUUUAUUUUCUUUUUCUCUGGUAAGUGCGGCUUUAAAGGAAGUUAUUGACACAAACAGUUUGACAGAAAUUAUUAGAUUUUUAUUUUAUUUGUUGUUGUUUUUGUUUACACGGCCGAUGGGACCUUCUUGCAACUGCUCGAUGCUUAUUUCCCUCCUGAUCAGCGCAUUGUUGGGAAGUUAUUUGGUCUACUUGAUCGUCUGGGUGCCGGUCUACCGCUACACCGCAAGCAUCAUUGUCCUGUUGCUGCUGGCCUUCAAUUUUUCCGCGUGGCGGUUUUUACCAUCGGAACGCGCGUAUGUGCGGGAACGGGCGAAAGAUGUUGUGAAUGAGCGCCUUGCCUUCACCGCACCAACGGCGGUGGCAUGA